CUCGGGCGGCCCAAUAAACCCAAAACACCGUCUUGCAAGAACCCUAGCUCCAUUUCAGAGCUCGAAACACUCAUCCAUGGCGUCCUCUCAAUCUCUCCCUCUUCACACCCCUCCCUUUUCCUCUGUACACCGCUUUCUUCCCACUACAAAACGUAUUUUCCUCCCUAAAAUACCCCUCAGAACCAUUGGAAAUUCCCUCCCUGUCCUUGCUUACUCAGCUAAGCCGUCUAUAUCGGCUUCCGAGCAAGACAUACUUCAAGCCGUUGCGAACUCAGGGGACAAGAGUCUUCCAGGUGUGAGGACGUACGAGAAUGAUUUGGCUCGGCUCACGCUGGUCGGAGCUGUCGAUUUUGAGCAGGCUCUCACGGCGGCUGCGGCGGACGGAGGUGAAGCCGCCGCAGAGCACGUUGAUUCCGGAAUGGAUGCUAUGGUUGUUGAGACUGUCUUUCCAGGACCUCUGGAUGAGCACAGCACCGUCUCGACUCGACUGUUUUUGCCGGCAAGGAAAGUUAAAGAAAAAGCAAAAAAGCUCAAAAGUUCUCUAACUGAAGAUAUCCUGUUCAGCACAACAUCUAAAAAUAUUCUUGCUAUGACAUUUAGACAAGUAGUUCUCCAACAGCUUUGGAAUUUUGAGCUGGUAUUAUUUAGACCUGGAACAGAAAGAAACAUGGAUGAUCUGGAAAACCCAAGAGAGGUUCCUCCGUCUUUUACCCUCAGCUCCUCGGAUGAACGGGUCAUUUCUGUGCUUGCAGAAGUUGUUUGCCUUUUUGCUCUUGAAAGCACCGAAAGACUUUUCCUUAAAAAGUCAUCGGGCAGAUCAAAUAAUUUGUUCAAUUGGUUUGACAAGCCUAAAAGGAUUGUAUCGAAAGAUUCCUCUGUUAGCUUAUAUAAAUUGCUUGAAGAUGAGGUGGUUGCAAAUGCCAGAAGUCUGCUGGAAAAUUUUAAUUUAGAAAAGGCAGAUUAUAAUCCUGUAGAAGCAAAAUGGAAACACAAUUGGUGGAUUACAUCUGUUCACUCUAAAUUGGAAAAGAUUGGUGGUCCUGAAUUUAGUGCUUGGACUAGCGAGUAUAUACCUGCCUACAGGCUGCAAAUUGAUUCUAAUAGACUUGACAAUGCAAACGUUGAAGGGUGGAAAAGAUGUGCCGAGAAUAGGUGGGAAGUUCUACUUACCCACUCCCAAAUGGUUGGUUUGGCCAACGUUCUAGACAUGUACUAUGAAGAUCUGUUCACACUGCCAAAUAAAGAAUUGUCAUGUGGUGUGGAGGCGAAAGCUACCAACUUGUCCAUUAACAAGAGAAGCACUUCCUUGUUUAAAAUGCUGUCCAUCACCCUUGCAAGUGGAUUUUUUCUUGUUACGGUUGGUGUUCUAGGUCAACUUUAUUUGCCUCAUUUGUUCAGUGGAAGGAAGAACCCUCAAGAUAACUAUUCACUUCAAUCUUCUGUCGUGGAAUGUAUACAUCAGUCUGUGGACUCCACUAAGUUGGAAGAUCUGUGCAUCUCAGUGGUUCAAAAAAUUAAGGAUGGUUUUGGUUGGCCUGGGGAAAUAAUGACAGAACCCGGUGGUGGUGCAUGGACUGGGGAAGUUCCAAGAUACCUUAGGGUAGAUGAAGCUGAUACUAGUGUUGCAGACAUUUUAUAUGCUUCUGCUCCAUCAGAAAAAAGUGAUGAAGAGAUGAAAGCAUCCGCACAAGACAUUGCAAGUUAUCAGUAUAAUGACUUCCAAAACAUAUCUUCCUUUCUUAAGACAUUGAUAUGUGCUGAUGUGGUUUCCAUGAGUUAUUGGUUUUACAUAUGGGCUGAGUAUUUAGCCACUGAUAAGGUGGUUCUGUCGGUUGAUGGAAAGAUUAUUGGGUUCCAACCUACAAGUCGUGGGGCUGUCAAUAACUGGUCAGCCAACCCCCUGGCAAAAGAGCUGUAUAGUGGCAGAAAACUUUCCCCUGGCUUUAUAGAACCUAGACUCAACAUCAGUCAUCCAAGGGAGGUGGUGGCAUUGGAGUUGUUAAUGUCCGUAAAUCCUGAUUCUUAUUUUGCGUUGGCCAGACCAGUUGAAUUAUCACUGCCAAAAACCGUUGGUGAAAACUAG